AUGACAGGAUCUGACAAAGGACAGGAAUGUCACUAUGGACAGAUCUACGCCUCUCACUCCCUUCACGUGCUAAUUCCUUUUGGCUUAGAUUGCAAAUCACUACAUUAUUGCAUUAUUGCCGGCUUACGAUCCAAAAAAUUGGGAAAAGUAGAUCAGAUACUUUGGCAGGAUAGAAGAAGGGAUGGUAAGCAGAUGAAAUCGGUAAAAGAAAAUGUGUUACUGGAAGAGGAGCAAGAGCAGGAGGCAGGAGCAGCAUCAGCAUGGAUGUGUAAUGAAAUUUUGCAAUCGUUUUAUAAAAGUGGGUUAGAUUUAGCAUGA